UUUUUAUUAUUAUACGUCUCUUUAUAACCUACAAUAUUAAAUAUUUUUAAAAUAAAGAUUGUAGUUUUGGCAACGGCGCUAUCUACAGCCACUUCGUUAAAUUGAAAAUAGAUGGAGAGCUAAUCAAAACAUAACCAAAUUGUUUUCAUUGUAAUUUUCGCAAUAUUAAUUAAAUUACAGUUUGUUUUAUGAUUACAGUGUUUUAGCUUACAAUUGUCUGAAUUUACGAUUACGCGUAUUUGUUUUAUUAUGUAACAGUAAAAUAUUUGUUUAAUGGUUUUUAUUUUAAGUAUUAAAUAUUGCAUAUAAAAUUAACUAUGGAUGGUACAAAAGAAAAAAUAGGUAAUAAAAAUCCUAGAGAUACUGCUAAUUCUUUAUCAGUAUUAUUUUUUACUUAUACAUUUAAAUUUUUUAAAAGAGGCUAUGGUAAAACGAUUUUUGCUGAUGAUAUCUUCAGUCCUAUAACAUGUGAUAAAAGUCAGGAAUUGGGGGAUAGACUGGAAAAAAAAUGGAUAACUCAUAUAACACAAGCAAAAAAACUAAACAAAACGCCAAAAUUCUCAAAAACCCUUAUAGCAACAUUUUGGAUGGAAUUGCUAUCCAUCUCCCUGGUUCUAUUUAUACAAGAGGUUGUGUUUAAAAUCAGCCAGGCUGUGAUGUUGGGAAAUUUGCUGGAUUUUUUCCAACCUCAAAGUACAAUGAGCAAAAAUGAAGCACUUUUGUAUGCCACUGCGAUGGUUAUACUGAAUUUAGCAAUGGUGUUUGCUAAUAAUCAGUAUUUGAUGAACAGUUUUCAUUACGGUGCUAGACUCAGAGCUGCCAUUUGUGCCUUGGUUUACAGAAAAGCUUUAAGACUGAGCAAGACUGCGCUGGGCGAUACAGCAUCAGGAAAAAUAGUAAAUUUAAUUUCCAGCGAUGUAAGCAGAUUUGAGUACGUCACUGUUUUGAUUCAUCAAAUGUGGGUUGCGCCCACUUCGGCUGCCAUUGGGCUCUACAUUAUGUACUCAAAAUGUGGCUACCCAAUUUUUAUUGGGAUUAUACCUUUUUUUCUUAUUCUCGUAUUGCAAAGUUACAUCGGCAGGCUGUCCGCAAAAUUCCGCAAACAAACUGCCACGAAAAUCGACGAGCGCCUGCGCCUCAUGAACGAAAUAGUUUCCGGCGUCCAGGUAAUCAAAAUGUACGCUUGGGAAAGACCAUUCUCCAAACUCAUAAAUUUCGCGCGAAGAGCGGAACUAAAAAAAGUAACGAAAUCGUCUUACGUGCGAGCGAUUUACAUGGCAUUUGGUCUUUUUACCACAAGGGUGGCUCUGUUCGGUACCUUGGUUACCAUGGCCAUAGUUGAUGAGAGUAUAACGCCAGGAAAGAUUUUUGUAGUGGUGGCCCUAUUAAACAACAUAAAUUUUUCUAUGUGCAAUAUGUUUGUCAGGGGUGUAUCCGAAGUAUCUGAAGCUUUAGUGAGCCUUAAAAGAAUCCAGGGUUUUUUGUUGAAAGAAGAAUGUAACAUUCACAAAAAUACCCCACAGCAAAAUGUUGUUGGUGACAAAAACGAUAUUGUUAAACUUAUAAAAGCGACUGUGAAAUGGGAAGCGAAUGAGGUAGCUUUGGAUAACUUGGAUUUAACUGUCAAAAAAGGAUCACUAGUGGGUAUUAUAGGUCCAGUUGGUAGUGGAAAAAGUACUCUACUACAAACUCUAUUAGGCGAACUUGAACUAUCCCAAGGAAGCAUUUCAGUCAACGGCACAAUAUCCUAUGCCUCACAAGAAGCCUGGAUCUUCGGAGCAUCUCUUCGCCAAAAUAUUCUAUUCGGGAACCCUUACGACCGUCAAAAAUACAACCAAGUGGUACGAGCCUGCGCCUUGGAGGAGGACUUCAAACAAUUUGAAGAUGGCGACCUAAGCUUGGUUGGUGACCGGGGUUCAUCCUUAUCAGGCGGCCAAAAGGCAAGAAUCAGUUUGGCGAGGUGUGUCUAUAGAGAUGCCGAUGUCUAUCUACUUGACGAUCCACUAUCUGCCGUUGAUGUGCAGGUUGCAAAACACUUGUACAAAAAAUGUAUUAACGGGUUAUUGAAGGAUAAAACUAGGGUUUUGGUGACGCACCAAGUGCACCAUUUGAAGAAUUGCGAGCAUAUUUUGAUUUUUAACGAGGGUAAAAUUGUGGAAGAAGGUUCAUACUCCGUCCUAUCAAAUAGUGGGAAUAUAUACGCUAAAUUGCUCAAUUCUGACCCCGAUAAAGAUGAAGAAUCCCACGGAAGAAAUCCCAAAAGGCUUUCUAGGCUGUCGUCCAUAUCAAGCGUAGCAAGUGAAGACCUUGGAGAAAAAUGUAUGGUAGAUUUUCAUGAUGAAAUCAAAACGGAACGUAAACAUAAAGAUUUACAAGAGGAAACUUCCAAGGGUAAAGUCAAGGGUUCUCUACUAUGGAAGUAUCUCAGUUAUGGGGGAGGAAUUUUCUACACCACCAUAGUAUUAGCCUUAUUUUUAACGUCCCAAACACUAGCAAGCUCCGUGGACUACUUUGUAAAUUUCUGGGUUAACCUUGAAGAAAACAGGAACAAAACAAUCCAAGAUGGUGUAUCAAUAGAGCCUACUUUAUGGUCCAAAAUUUAUUGCAUCGAAAUAUACACUAUUCUAAUCAUAUCUCUAUUUAUUAUGGCUUUCGUUAGAUCUUUUGUAUUUUAUAAUUUGGCUAUGAAAAGUUCAAAGAAUCUGCAUACAUCUUUGUUCAACAAUGUCAUAACCGCCACUAUGAGGUUUUUCGAUACGAAUGCAAGUGGGAGGAUACUGAACAGGUUUUCCAAGGAUCUCUGCUCCAUUGACGAGUUUUUACCCAAGAAUAUUUUAGAUGCAGCCCAAAUCUUAUUGCAAAUGGUAGGAACUUUUGUAUUGGUCACCAUCGUAAACCAAUAUUUCUUUAUUAUGAUAUUCAUAAUAUCCAUACUCCUGCUAAUAAUGAGGUACCACUUCCUAAAAUCAUCAAAAAACAUUAAAAGACUUGAAGGCAUAAUGAAAAGUCCCAUAUUUACACACCUAAACACUACCUUACAAGGUUUGACAACCAUAAGGGCUUUUAACGCGGAAAAUAUACUUAAAUCAGAAUUCGACAAACACCAAGACUACCACACUGGUGCCUAUUUCAUGUACUUAUCCUGCACUGCAGCCUUUGGAUUUUAUUUGGACAUCAUGUGCUACUUUUUGGUCGUCAUUGUUACCUACAGUUUUUUAACGUUCGGGGAAGAUUUUGGCAUGACAGGUGCGAAAGUAGGUCUGGCUAUAACGCAGGCUAUGUCCUUGACGCACAACGUCCAAUGGGGUACGAGACAAUCAGCUGAAGUAGCUAACAUGUUGGUUUCAGUUGAAAGAAUAGUAGAAUAUGAUGUUAUACCUAAAGAACCGCAACCUGUGGUACCAAAAAAACUCGAUAAAACAUGGCCUAAUGAAGGUCAUAUUGUUUUUAAGGAUGUGAGGUUAAAGUAUGAUGAUGAAGGUGAUUGGGUUUUGAAGGGGUUAAACUUUGAGAUCAAACCUAAGGAAAAGGUCGGUAUUGUUGGUAGAACAGGUGCUGGUAAAUCAUCCUUAAUAUCUGCUUUAUUUAGAAUGGCCAACGUUGAUGGAGAAAUAAUUAUAGAUGAAGUUGAUACUAAAACUAUAAAUCUGCAAGAUUUGCGGUCCAAAAUAUCAAUAAUUCCUCAAGACCCUGUUCUAUUUUCUGGUACACUAAGAUACAACCUAGACCCUUUUGAAGAAUAUCCAGAUGACCUCCUGUAUAAAGCAAUAAACGAAGUAGAACUUAAAGACCCUGAUAACAUAAUAAACAGACUGGAAAAUAAUGUACAAGAUGGUGGUGCCAACUACAGCGUAGGACAAAGACAGUUAAUAUGUUUAGCAAGAGCUAUUGUACGAAAUAACAAGAUUUUAAUGUUGGACGAAGCUACCGCAAAUGUUGACCCACAAACUGACUCUUUGAUACAAAAAACGAUACGUAAGAAGUUCGCAGAUUGUACCGUUGUGACUGUAGCGCAUAGGCUAAACACUAUAAUGGACUCGGACAAAGUUUUAGUGAUGGAGUUUGGUUCUUUGGCUGAGUUUGAUCACCCACAUGUUCUUCUGCAAAAUCAAGGGGGCAUUUUUAACAAAAUGGUGUCGGAGAUGGGUGAAACGAUGUCGGAUCAUCUAAGAAAAAUCGCGUACACAAGUUAUCAGAAGCACAGCUCUUCUUGAGAAUUUAAUUUUCGCA